AUGUUUCGCCUUGUCGAGUCCACCGACUCGUCACCAGCAGCCCAGUGCUCCGUCUCUGUCCGCGACUCUUUCGGCGAGGGAGUUUACAUCAAGAAAAAUCGGUCGGAUGGGCUUUGUUCGACCGACUGCCAUUGCCGCCGACUCGGCUCCCUAGACUUCGCCUUCACCAUCUCCAAGCAACCUGCCCACACCAAGAUCGAAGUUCGGAACGAGAUACUCCAAAACACCCUCAUCGAUGUCAUCGGUUCAGAUGAGUGGCACUCCCAGUGUGAUCUGCCUGCCUGGGACGGCGCUCACCUCUUCGCUCGAUAUGAGGGCCUCAAGGCACGUCUGCGAGACGUCAUCGACGCGCCGGUAGGAAGCGUUGGGGCUCAGCCCUUCCUCCCCCUCAGGCUACUGGUCGACGGCUUUCUGGGCCAGGAGCAGGAAGAAAGCUUGCCGUGUCCUCAGCAUAAGGACCCUAGUGAUGUCCUUAGAGACGUGCUUCCAGGGGAGGAUAAAAACAGCAUGCUAGAUGUCAAGCUACUCCAAGCGGCGGGUGAUGGCGACAUCUCAGUCAUCGACGAUCUUUUGAGCAACCAUACCGUCCUACCUUAUUCGCACAUGCAAAUGUUCGUGGAUGUUUUGGGCAGACAAAUAACUGACGAUCUUUUCAAAGAAACUGUGAACAUUGACGCACACGAUGAGUCCGGAAACACGGCCCUGCUCCGCGCCGUGACCGCUGGGCACCUUGACGUCGCUCGGCUUCUGGUCGCUCGAGGCGCCGACAUCGCCUGGGCCAACAACCAAGGCGAGACAGCCCUGCACAAAGCUGCACGGGCAGAUCACUUUGAACUCUCAUAUUUUCUCAUAGAAGUCGGCGCAGACAUAGACGCCAAGGACAAUUCGGGCGCAGCACCCGCAUUCAUUCCGUUUAGCGCAGUUCUCCAAACCUGGAGAUGUUGGUGGGAGUGGGUUAUGCCAGCCCGUUGUGAACAGACACCAAGCGAGCGAACCAUCAACGACUAUAGAGACCUAUUGUUCAAAACAGACCCAAUCAUGAACACCGACAAAGUAAAGACAACCAUGCGGGGCCUUUUCAUCAGAGAGUACGCCAAGGUGAGGCAGCACCUGAUUUUUGGCCGAGUACGCGGACGCUUUCCCAACUCGACACGAGCGUGGCGAUUUGGCAUGACAGCGCUGCAUAAGAUCUCGCAUGGCUACCUGCCGCAGGAGCUCGGCAUGGCAAUAGCUCUCCUCUGCGUGUGCAAAGCAGUCUCGGCCACGCUCCAUAUCCACAAACACGAUUCAUCCAACUUCCAAUUCGACGACGAGCAGUUUCGACGAGACCUGCCGCGUUGGCUUCCACUGUUCCACGGUGCUGACCGAAAGCUGUUUAAAGCCGCAGCGCGGGACAUCUGGAGUGUACGCAUAUCUAUGUGGACUUUGUACACGCCUCAGACUCUGGAUUACCACGACUUAUUCAAGCACGCUGAGCGCCUGACAUCGGACCUCAUUGACGCAGUGAAAUGUCUUCACGAUCUAACUGAGUUCGCUGAACUAGGGGAUCCCGAACACGGGCAGCAGAGACCGUCUCAGCAGGAUCGGUGCCCCCCGAAGGAUCCCAACCCAGGAGACCCGGGUAUUGGGGCCGAGUCUACUCAGCACAGGAAGGCCGUGACAGGCCGGCGGGCCUCGUCGCAGAAAUCAUUACUGUGGGCCGAGGUAAUGGCUGGCGCUAUCUUCAGUAUAUUGCUGAUAUUUCUGCUCUGGCUCUAUAGCCUCUUGGCAGGAACAGUACAAUUUAUAGCUACAGACGCAGCGAGUUGGCACAUCAGCGUGGAUGCUCAGAGUGUAGCAAGGCGCCUGCAAUCUCGCUUUGCCAACACUUUAACAGUUGAACGGCCUCCAAGCAUACAGUCACCCACAGCUGGGCAAGAUGUGGUUAUGCUUGGACAGGACUCCAACGAUGAUCACCAUGUACAGCCUCGGGGAAACCCAGCCUUGAGCCCCUCAAGUGGCGGUGUUCCUGACCCCGUUGAUGAGAGCGCCCACAUUCGCACAUCCAAGGGAGCAGUCGAGCUCUGCUUCUUCUUCACCCUUCACCACUCGGCUCGCCGCUGGUCGAUCUACCUUGGCUUUGACUCACACUGGCGCGUUUGCCUCAAUUCGCUGGCCGCCCAUCCGCUACGCUGCGAAGCUGAUCGCAAGGGCUACUACGCAAUUGAUUACUUCCCUUCCCGGAACCCCAGAGGUGAUGGCUAUCAAAGGCCGGCGGGCAGCUCCACGGGUGCAGGGGUUUGCGUUUCUGGCUACCCGUGGUGCGAUAUGGCGAUUGGCACUGAUACUACGGGAAGCGGAAGAGAGCCAGCACGGGCGACCGGAGUUCAAGGACUCCGUCUCAGCGGUAGAAGCAUUUCCAUGAAGGGCGUGGUGCCCAGCUCAGAGGAAUUCGACAGCUUGGCCUUUCUCACUCGAUCGCUCGAGGAUCUCGUUCACUUCACUCGCCUGUCGACUGGUAACAAAUUAUCAGAAUUACCGCCAACCAAGAUUCUGUAUCCGACGGAUUGGCUACCGUACAAGAUAGACGGCCAGCAACGGCUGAACGAGGAUUUCCUGGCAGCAAUGGAGCAAGUUCUUGGUGUUCAACACACCAAGGUCAGUUUGACCCAGCUGUGGGAAGAAUCCCCCCCAGUCGAAGCCCAAGGAAAAUCGAUUGCGGAAUACCUCGAGAAUUCUGGUUUCUGGCCAAUGUACUAUGACAACUAUCACACCUUUGAUGACUUUCGACAAGGCUACGAGCAGAAGUUUGGCAAACCCGUCUACGUGAGCCCAUCUCAGGGAUGGAAGUGGGAGCUUGGGUCGAAAGUCACGGAAGAGCAAAGAGCACACGGCAUUGCAGAGUGCGAGGUUUUCCGUGACUGGGUCGACAAGCACGUCCUCACGAGAAACGAUGGGGGACAUGGAGAAGCAGUGAUUCUACUCCCGUUGGGGAACGCCAAACUCGAUUACAGAGACAUUGAAAGCGGGCCCCCGAGCGUUGUGAAAUCUUAUGAGCCAAAGUACUUCGGCUCUAUCCUGGGAGUGCCCCAGAUUGUGACACCCAGCAGCGAUGUGAUGCUUGUGAAGCUGACUCAGUUGGUCCUGGAGAAGAUGAACAAGCCAACCUCUGUUCUCACCGGCAGGGAGUGCUUCUCUCCCGAGACCAAUGGGCCGGUCAAUGAUUCUGUCCCGCUACCAAAGCUCAUUUGA